UCGCGCGACGCGCUCGAGGCUCGGGCGGGAGACGAAGAAGCGACGGGAGACGGGUCGAGGACGAUCGCGAUGCUGCGUCGGGCGAUGCGCGCGAGCGCGAUGCGGGCGUGCGAGCGAGGAUGCGUCGCCGCGCGAAACGCGUUGACGACGAGCGCGAGCGGGAGCGGGAGCGGGAGCGGGAGCGGGCGAUCGAUCGCCACCGCGGCGUCGUCGUCGACGUCGUCGUACGAGAUCAUCGAUCACGAGUACGACGCCCUGGUCGUCGGCGCCGGCGGCGCGGGCUUGCGCGCCGCGAUCGGGCUCGGCGAGCACGGAUUCAAGACGGCGUGCGUCACGAAGUUGUUCCCGACGCGAUCGCACACGGUGGCGGCGCAGGGAGGGAUCAACGCGGCGCUAGGGAACAUGACCGAGGACGACUGGCGGUGGCACGCGUACGACACGGUGAAAGGGGCGGAUUGGUUGGGAGACCAAGACGCGAUUCAAUACAUGUGUCGCGAGGCGCCAAAGGCGGUGAUCGAGUUGGAAAAGUACGGGAUGCCGUUUUCACGAACGGACGAGGGGAAGAUUUAUCAAAGAGCGUUCGGAGGACAAUCGCUGGAUUACGGCAAGGGCGGUCAGGCGUAUCGAUGCGCCGCGGCGGCUGAUCGAACGGGACACGCGAUGUUACACACGCUCUACGGCGCGGCGUUGAAGCACGACGUGCAAUUCUUCGUGGAGUAUUUCGCGUUGGAUUUGAUCAUGGACAAAGGCGAGUGCGUCGGAAUCAUGGCUCUGUGCCUUGAAGACGGCACGUUGCACCGAUUCAGAUCACACCAGACGAUUUUAGCCACCGGAGGUUACGGCAGAGCGUACUUUAGCGCGACGUCGGCACACACGUGCACGGGCGACGGCAACGCCAUGGUGGCGCGCGCGGGUUUGCCGUUACAAGAUCAAGAAUUCGUGCAAUUUCACCCGACUGGGAUUUACGGCGCCGGAUGCUUGAUCACCGAAGGUUCGCGCGGCGAAGGCGGAAUCUUGCGCAACUCGGAGGGCGAACGUUUCAUGGAGCGCUACGCCCCGAGCGCCAAGGAUCUCGCCAGUCGCGAUGUCGUCUCGCGAUCGAUGACGCUCGAGAUUCGCGAAGGACGUGGUGUCGGUAAAGAGAAAGAUCACAUCUACUUGCACUUGAACCACUUGCCUCCGGAGCUAUUGGCGGAGCGCCUUCCGGGGAUUUCGGAAACCGCCGCGAUUUUCGCCGGCGUCGACGUCACCAAGGAGCCGAUCCCCGUCAUCCCCACCGUGCAUUACAACAUGGGUGGUAUCCCAACCAACUACAAGGGCGAAGUUGUGGCACCUAAGAACGGAGACCCGGACGCCAUCGUCCCUGGCUUGCUCGCCGCCGGCGAGGCGGCGUGCGCGAGCGUGCACGGCGCCAACCGUUUGGGUGCCAACUCAUUGCUCGACAUCGUCGUCUUCGGUCGCGCGUGCGCUAACACGGUGGCUGAUAAACUCAAGCGCGGUGCACCGCAUCGUGAGAUCGCCAGCGACGCCGGAUCGAACGCCAUCGAACGUUUGGACAAGAUUCGAAACUCCAAAGGCAGCGCGCCGACGGCGAUGCUUCGUAAGACGAUGCAAAAGGUGAUGCAAGAGGAUGCCGCGGUUUUCCGUACUCAAGAAACGCUCGCAAACGGGUGCAAGCGUAUCGACGACGUCGCGGCGCAGCUGGACAACUUGAAGCUCACCGACCGAUCGUUGGUGUGGAACACUGACUUGGUCGAAGCGCUCGAACUUCACAACCUCAUGCCCAACGCGCAGACGACGAUGCACUCAGCCGAGCAACGCAAGGAAAGCCGUGGUGCGCACGCCCGCGAGGAUUUCCCCGACCGUUUAGACGACGUGUGGAUGAAGCACACGCUCGCGUACGUGGAAAACGGCAAGGUGAAGAUUGAUUACCGUCCCAACCACCACUACACCCUCGACGCCGAGAUGGACGUAAUUCCGCCCAAGGCGCGCGUGUACUAACUGCGCGACCUCGCGACUCAACGUUUACUACUCGCAGUACUUUAAGCCUCCAUUAGCUCACCGCGCG